AUGAGUAAAUUGAGAAGAGGUCAAACGUCGAUCUGGUCUGUCAUUGUGGCAGUUUUUUCUAUUGGAGCUAUGGCUGGGUCAUUUUUAGUCAGUUUUCUUACUGCUAGGGUAGGUCGAAAACGUGGUCUGUAUGUAGCGUACGCUGUCCUUCUUUUUGGAGCUGCGCUUGCAAUCAUAUCUUAUCACGUUUGCUCUUAUGAGCUACACGUUGUUGCUAGAAUUGUACUCGGUAUCGGAACUGGCUUAAGUCUUGGUACUGGAUCGAUAUUGUUAAAUGAAAGCAGUUACCUGAUGAUAAAGGGAAGAGAGGAUGAAGCAAGAAAGGCAAUACUGUUUUUCCAUAGCUGCAAGAUUGGAGCCGUCGAUGCGGUUAUGAACGAAAUCAAAGAAAAUUUGAAAUUGUGUUCUAAGAUGCAGUCUUUGAUAAGUGUUUUCAAAGAAAAGUAUUCGAGGCAUGGGGUAUUGGUUGGAGUUGUGAUAGCUGCAACUGCGUGUUUCACUGGAAACACAGUGAUAAAUGCUUUUGCCGUGGAAAUUUUAAAGAAUGUUGGACUACCUACUACUGCUGCUUAUUUUGGCAAUAUAGGUUUAGUCGCAGUCAUUGUGGUUGGGCAUGUAUUAUCAUCAGUAAUUGUUGAUCUUUUUGGUAGACGUCCGUUAGCUCUGACUUCUUCCAUUACGAUUGUGUUUCUAAACAUUAUUUCUGUCAUACUUAUGCACUGCUUCCAAGUCUACGGGCAUUUAUCUCUUGGCUAUGCACUUGUCGCUGUUAUCGCCGUAUUUCAACUAUUUUUCUCAAUUGGAGUAGGCCCGAUGUGCUUUUUUAUUGGUAGUGAAGUGGUCAGUCCUACAGCACGUGGUGCAUCUCAGAGUUUUGCGCUAUUUUCCCAAAUGCUCUCGCGAACAGUAAUUUUGGCAAUUUAUUGGCCAAUUGCUGAAGCAAUUGGACAAGCGCUUACCUAUUUUAUUUUGUUUGUUAUUCCGAUGAUUGCAUCUUCCAUAUAUUUGUAUUUCAACUUGCCAGAAUGUAAGAACAAAACAUUCAAAGAAGUCAGUUGCACUGUUAUAUUCAAAAUUUAA